AUGACAGCAGAAGGAGAUCUCUCCAGCGAGAAGCACCCUGAAACAUCUCUCGAGGAGAGCACGACAAACAGCAAGGACAGCAAAGAACUCCACGAAAAGGCACAAGUCGCCACACAGCAUGAGAAGGCACUUGGUUUUCUCCAGGCGGUCCGCUUGUAUCCCACUGCGGCAGGCUGGUCUGUGUACUUCUCACUGGGCAUUUUGAUGGCCGCCUUUGAUCCCCAAAUCGUGGGGAAUCUGUUCGCCGUUGGUGCCUUCCAGAAGGACUUUGGUUAUAAAUUCGAAGAUGGUUACAUUAUCUCGGCUCCAUGGCAGACAGGCCUCAUGAUGGGAAGCCCUAUUGGACAAGUCGUUGGUGCUUUGUUUGCUGGGUAUCCGAUGGACUGGUUUGGGCGAAAGAAGACGUUCAUGGCAUGCGUCUUCGUCACAACCGGUCUCAUUUUCAUACAAUUUUUUGCAAGAUCUCUGUCAGUUCUGUUGGCGGGAGAACUGCUCGGCGGUCUAGUCCUCGGCUGUUACGUGGUUAUCGCUCCAGCGUACGCGUCUGAGGUGUGCCCAGUCGCCAUGAGAGGUAUCCUGACUGCUUUCGUAAAUCUGUGUUUCGUCACUGGCCAACUGCUCGCCAACGGCGUGGCGGCUGGCACUCAGAGGAUCGACAGUCACUGGGCAUAUUCAACCCCAUUUGCCAUUCAAUGGCUUUGGCCACUCUUCAUCUUCGUUGGAAUGCCUUUUGCCCCAGAAUCACCCUGGUGGCUGGCGCGACAGGGUGAUUACGAAGGAGCAGAAAAGUCCUUGCGCAAGCUCUCAUCUUCGAAAGUUGAUGUGAAGUCGACGCUGGCCAUGGUUAUCGAGACGGACCGUCUAGAGCAGUCAAUGGAGGCCGGGAGCACGUACUGGGACUGUUUCAAAAGGAUCAAUCGUCGAAGGACCGAAAUCGCUUGUGGAGUCUACUCCAUCCAAGUCCUGAGCGGUAUUUAUAUGGUGGGAUAUGCGACUUACUUCUUCCAGCUUGCAGGUCUUGACGGUGAUAAGGCUUUCAACAUGGGAAUUGGCUAUCUCGCCCUUGGAUGGGUUGGUACUGUGUCCUCAUGGUUCCUCCUCAUACGAUUCGGACGGCGACGGAUCUAUAAUACCGGCCUUUUCAUCCUGGCUGUAAUAAUGAUCAUUGUUGGAAUCUUGGACUGUGCACCGAAUUACAUCAACCGACCUUCUAUUAUCUGGGCUCAGUCAUCUUUAAUGAUAUUAUGGAACUUCUUCUUCGACAUUUCCAUCGGUCCAGUGGCAUACGUCAUCUUCUGCGAAGUGUCGGCGACACGUGUGCGCAGUCGAACCAUCGCCUUCGCAACUGCCGUUCAAGCAACAGUAGGAGUCGUGAUGACAGUGGCCAUCCCUUACAUGAUCAACCCAGAUCAAGCAGAUAUGCGAGGGAAACUGGGCUUCUUCUUCGGCGGAAUCUCCUUUAUCUGUCUCAUCUGGGCCUAUCUCCGCAUCCCCGAGACGAAAGGUCGUACCUUCGAGGAGCUGGAUAUCAUGUUUGAGCGCGAAGUCCCAACCAAAGAAUUCAAGGCGUAUGUGGUCGAUAUGAAUGACUCGGUCAGGGAUACACGGGAUACUUAA